AAUAUUCAUUAAAUUGGACACAGAUUCUCAGAAAAAGAUGAUAUUGAAUAUAUUGAAAUGCCAUUUCUUUAAAAACAACUUGUGCCAUUUGAAAAAGUUAUCGGCUUGUUCAUCACUAAGAUUAUAUACAUCCACUUCGAUAGUUACUAUGAACAAUAAGGAGCAGACAUGCAAAAGUUAUAGAGUUGAGAAAGAUUCAUUUGGAGAAAUGAAAGUACCAGCAGAUAAGUAUUAUGGUAUUCAAACUCUUCGGGCAAUAAUAAAUUUUCCAAUUGGUGAUACAUUCGAGCGUAUACCUUUCAGGCUGAUAGUUGCUUUGGGUAUAAUAAAAAAAGCUGCUGCAGAAGUGAAUAAAGAAUAUAAUUUGGACCCUAAAAUUGCCGAUGCCAUUUGCAAAGCUGCAGAUGAAGUAAUAAGUGGAAAGUUAUAUAAUCACUUUCCCUUAAUUAUUUGGCAAACUGGAUCUGGCACACAAACUCACAUGAAUGCCAACGAGGUUAUUGCCAAUCGUGCGAUAGAAAUACUUGGUGGUGAACUUGGCUCAAAAAAACCUGUGCAUCCAAAUGAUCACGUUAAUAUGUCACAAAGUACUAAUGACAUGUUUUCAUCAGCUAUGAAUAUAGCUCUUGCCUUAGAGAUUCAUAAAUCAUUAAUCCCAGGCUUAAUACAAUUGUGUAGAGCGUUAAACAAGAAAUCUGAAGAAUGGGAAAAUAUUAUAAAAAUUGGUAGAACACAUCUGCAAGAUGCGGUGCCGUUGACAUUGGGUCAAGAAUUUUCAGGAUAUGCCAUGCAGAUCGAAAAUGGUAUUGAGAGAGUGAAAGGUACACUUCCAAGAUUGUAUGAAUUAGCUGUCGGUGGUACAGCAGUCGGAACUGGAUUAAAUGCGCGAAAAGGCUUUGCGGAAAAGACAGUUGCAAAAAUCGCGCAACUCACUAGUUUACCGUUUGUUCCUGCUCCAAAUAAGUUUGAAGCUAUGGCUUCGCAUGAUGAUAUUGUCGAAGUACAUGGUGCUUUUAAUACAGUGGCUGUUUCUCUCAUGAAGAUCGCAAAUGACAUUAGACUUCUUGCAAGUGGACCCAGAUGUGGUUUAGGUGAGUUAUCUCUUCCAGAAAACGAACCUGGAAGUUCUAUUAUGCCUGGGAAAGUUAAUCCUACGCAGAUUGAAUCAGUGACUAUGGUGUGUUGUCAAGUAAUGGGUAAUAAUGUGGCGAUAAGUAUCGGUGGCAGUAAUGGUCACUUUGAACUUAAUGUUUUUAAGCCGCUUAUCAUUGCCAAUGCUUUAAGAUCGGCAAGGCUUUUAGGUGAUGUUUGCACCACUUUCGUAAAAAAUUGUGUUGAAGGUAUUGUUCCAAAUAUUGAAAAUAUAAAACGAAACGUUAGUGAAAGUUUGAUGCUUGUCACAGCAUUAAAUCCAUAUAUUGGUUAUGAUAAGGUACAUAUUUCUUCUCUUUUAUAUAUCUCUAUUUCUAUUUUUCUACAUAAAUAUGUAAAGAAAGCGCAUAAAGAAAAAAUUACACUAAAAGAAUCUGCAUUGAAACAUGGAAUAACGGCGGAACAGUUUGAUCAGUGGGUUAAACCCGAACAAAUGCUUGGUCCGAAAUAA